AUGUCGGCAUGUAAGUUUGGCCCGGCCAUUUGCGCAACGAUGUUCGUGGUCACUUCCGGAAUCGCACCGCCCCAUGCUGCGAAACACACCGUCCACAAACAUCUCGAACUGAGAGGUCCAUGCUGCUGUGGGGAGCCUGGGGCGAGGCGGGCUGCUCAGGGCUUUAAGAAUUCGUCUGUUCGGGCCCUUUCGCGAUGUUGUGUGGGAUCUACCACUGCAGCUGCAGAGAGAGCCGCAGCAAUGAUUCCACACUGGCUUUGUCUGUAUUCUAUAUGUUUGGCCCAAAGCUCGCUGCUGCUCCUCCUUUUCCUCAGAGAUCGGCAGUCCUUGCUUCGUCAUGGCGGCUAUGAGACUGGGUUGCAAGCAGUCGAUUGA